GGGGGGGCGAGGGCAGCAUGGUGGAGAAGCGGUGCCCGCGCCUGCAGCGGGAGAGCGUCUACCGCUGGUUCUCGGAGCUGCCCUCCCCGCAGCGGGUGGAGUUCCUUUGUGGCCUGCUGGACCUGUGCAUCCCGCUCGAGCUGCGCUUCCUGGGCGCCUGCCUGGAGGACCUGGCGCGCAAGGACUACCACUCCCUGCGGGACUCGGAGAUCAAGGCCAACAACCCGGCGGACCUGGGCAGCCUCACCAACCUGACGGACGAGGUGGUGCGCAGCAAGCUGCUGGUCUCGCUGGCCCUGCUGGGCUCGUCCCACCGGGAGGCGGCGGGGGUGCUCUUCCGCACCCUCACCCACAUCGACUCGGUCAUCCACAACUACGGGCUGCAGCUCAACGAGGGGCGCACCGGGGAUGAGUUCCUGCUGCUCUUCACCAUGGCCUCCGCCCACCCGGCCUUCAGUUUCCACCAGAAGCAGGUGCUGCGCCAGGAGCUCACCAAGAUCCAGAACCUCCUCGCCUGCACCAGCAAGAGCCCCGUCGCGGCCGGCGCCGUCGCGGGGACGUGUCCGGGCUGCCACAAGGUCACUCCAAGAUCUGAGACUCCCAUAAACAACGUUGGUAACAGUUUAGAAAAUGCACUACAUACAUCAGCACAUUCCAUUGAGGAGUCAUUACCUAAGAGGCCUUCAGGGAAACACUCCAAAGUGAGCGUUGAAAAAGUGGAAUUAAAGGGAUUAUCACACAAGAAGAAUGACAGGAUUGUGGAAUAUUCUUUUGAGGUCUUAUGGUCUGACUCUUCAGUGACAGUGGUAACAAAGUCUUCUGCUGAAGUGACUGAUUUCAUUUCAAAGUUAGGUCAGUUGUGUCCAGAAGAAAAUUUGGAGAAAUUCAUUCCUUUCCUAGCUGGUUCAGAUUCAUUUUACUUAGAAAGAAGCCACAUGGACCUGGAAUCAGACCUUAGGUAUUUGGCAUCAUUACCUUCCCAUGUCUGGAAAAAUGACCAUGUCAAGAAAUUUUUCAGCACUUCAUGUCACUCCCCACAGUUUCAGAGUUCAAGUUCUGGCAAUUCUUCCCUUUAUAAAGUGGGUACCACACUGGCUGCUUCCGGAAGACCCGUCUGUGGGGUUGCCGGGGUCCAGUCUGCACAGAACAGUCUUCAGCAUCACAUGCCACAUCCAGCUGCCACAGCAGUUGCGCUGUCACACUGCUCUCAUUCAGGGGGCACCGGAUCCGCAUUGGCCUGCAGCCGUGCCCAGAUGGAAAACUCUUCCCCUGUUUUGAUGACUUCAAGUCUGCAAACCCCGCAGGCCCAGGAGCAAAAUGGGAUUUUAGAUUGGCUACGGAAACUGCGGCUGCACAAGUACUAUCCAGUUUUUAAACAGCUGACCAUGGAUAAGUUCUUGAGCCUCACCGAAGAAGAUCUGAACAAGUUUGAAACCCUCACCAUGGGAGCGAAGAAGAAACUCAAGACCCAGCUGGAACUGGAAAAAGAAAAGUCAGAGAAACGGACCCUGAACCCGGCACCCUCCCCAUCUGUGAGCACCGGGGUGGCCAGAGUCCCUCCCACCACUCACAUCGGCCCUAUACAGACCAUUCGCGGGAACCACGCAGCGGAACUGCACGUGGAUGUGGAUCGGCCCGUCUCCGCAGCCCCCCGCGAAGGGAGCUCCUCGGAGUCGUCCAGCCCCUCCUCCAGCCCCUCGGGAAUCCAGCCCCGGGAAGAGAGCUCGGACAGCGCCGAGGAGAACGAGCGACGUGUGGAGACCCACGCGGAGCCCCCCGAGAAGGAGAAGCCGGCAAUGAUCCUGAACCACUUCGGCUCCGUCUCGGCCAGGCCCACCGCUCAGGUCUUACCGGUGCAGAACGAGGCGGGGUCCAGUCCGUCUGCUCACCACCCCUUGCCGGUGCAGGUGAUGGCUGCCGGCGCCUCCCACGUCCCUCCGAUCAGAAUAUUAAACUCUAUGCACAAAUCGGAGCGCGGGAACGCAGACACGAAGCUCCUUUCUUCGCCUAUGCACUCUCUUCUGCCCCUGGAAGAGAGGACAAAGUUCUCAGCCGGGCCACCCCAAAACAGCACCAAAAUGGAGAAGAGCUUUGGGAGCGCCAUGGUGGACAGGGUGCCCGCGUCUCCACACCAGCCCCUGCAGGUGCUCUCCGGCGUCCCGGAAAACGGCUCCUCCACACCGUCCAUCCAUUUCGGCCCACGGUGCAAGCUUGUGCACGCGCCCACGCUGGACCGAGUGGCGAAAACGUCCCAGCAGCCGGGCCUCCUCGUGGAGACCAGUGCCCCUGCCGCCUCCGCAUCGAGCACGGUCUUCCACGUGGCCCGCCCCCCGAUCAAGCUCCUCGUCUCGUCGUCCAUCCCCGCAGAUUCCCCGGUCGCAGGGCAGUCGUCCUGUUCCAGCGGUAUGCAAUUCAGCGUGUCCCCAGCAAUAAUAAGUCCUCGGACUGCUCUGUACACAGCCAACACCAAAGUGGCCUCUUCUGCCAUGAGCAGCAUGCCCGUCGCCCCCAUGCCCAGCAGCACCUUCUGCGCCAACAGCAACCCCGCCUCCUCCAGCAGCCACCUGGCCACCUCCUUUGCCAACGUGAGCAGCCUCCCCAGCUGUCCUCCUCCCAGCUCCAGCCCCACGCUGUCCUCCGCUGCGGAGAACAGCUUCUACGGCGGGGGCUCUGCAGGGAGCGUCCCUGUCCCCAGUCAGAACCACCACCACCACCACCACCACCAGCAGCAGCAGCAGCCGCCUGGCUGCAUGGUAUGCAGUUCCUGCGGCUGCAGCGGGAACUGCGGCUCAAGCGGCAUGACUGUCAGUUAUGCGAACUACUUCCAGCACCCCUUUUCAGGACCGUCGAUGUUUACAUUCCCCUUCCUCCCCUUCAGCCCUUUGUGCAGCAACGGCUACGUCAACACCCAGCAGUAUAACAGCAGCUCGGCCUUCCCCAUGGUCCACUCCCCUUACGGCGGCGGCCCCACGCCGGACUCCCUCGUGGGCGGACAGUCCGCAUUCGCGGUGCCCCCGAUGCAGAGCUUCAUGGCCGGCGCUGCCGGGGUGUAUCAAGCACAGGGGAUGGUGAACAACAACAGUGGCACGGGGCACAAAAAACCCGGGAACCUUUCCUGUUACAAUUGCGGAGCCAGCGGCCACAGAGCUCAAGACUGCAAGCAGCCGCCGAUGGAUUUCAAUCGACAAGGUACAUUUCGGUUAAAAUAUGCUCCCCCGGCUGAGAGUUUAGAGUCCACAGACUGACGUUAACUUCAGAUGCAAUAUUUUGUGAUGGCAAAAGUCAUGAAGUAAUUAGGAAACUUCAGAUUGGAACAUAAGGAGUCUAUCUGUUGAGCUUAUUAAUGUUAUUUUUUUAAUCCAAAGGUGCUCUACUUCAACACUAGGAAGGAACUGAAAUUUUAGGGGGGACUUUCAAACCCAUUUUUCCUGAAUUGCCAAAAUUGUUACACAGAUCUUAAUGUUGGAUCUCCCCGAUGACAGGUGAGACUGGCCAACUGUCCUUUCUGUUGUAUAGAAACUGCUGCACUUUUGCUGAAGAAUGUUGCCAUACUUUGACCUUCCAUGCUGGAAACUUAAACUCCUGGGCAGCUAUGUUAUAAUCUGGAGUGAGAGCCGGAGGCUGAUGGUGCAGUGGCCAUUAGCUUGCUGGACUCUUAGACCUCUGAAGCUAGAUAAACAUACCUACUUUUUCUCAAAAUAAAUCAGGCACUCCACUCUGGGAUUUUAAAGGGUUGCACUACAGAAGAAUGUAUAAUUCUGUUCUGACUAUCUGCACUUCUAGCGAAGAGAUCAGUGGAAGAGAAGUUCCAGCGGUUGGAAAUAGGCACCAGCAGGCUAUGCGACCUUCUAAUAAAGAAAACUUAACCCUCUCUUCCUUCCUGUAGAACAGAGGUGAAUGCUUUGCUUCAUCCUGGCAACAGUAACGCUGUGCUUGUCAGCAGUUACUCUCAUGUAGAACCAAGUUACCAGCUGUGGAUUAAACUUAGUUCCCAAGGGUCUAGUGCCAGAGACUCGACUCGACGGUAUUUUUUUUAAAAAAUUCUCUUCUACAACUUCAGAAACUGUUAACAAUGCAGUGGUUUCUGCCAUGGGAAAUGGCAUCCUGCAUCUGUAAUAAAUUUUAAAAUUCAGACUCUUCCAGGAGUUUGUUGGAUUUAGAAGGCACAGCGUCCAAUGCAGUAGCAUGCCUUUUCGUUACUUAGAAGUUUAUAGUCUGCCUCUUCCAUUCGAUGUACACUAUAAACUGUUAGCUUCGGUAGCAGCCAGUAGCGCUUAUACAGUAGGGUUGGCACCACGUGGAUUUAUCUGCCAAAGGGAGGCAAUCCUUUUUUCCCAUUAAUCCUGCCUGCUGCAUCGGUGGUUGUAGCUCUCUUGCUUCAUUGAUAGGACUGAAGUUUGGGCUGCCUCGCAUCAUAGUCGUGCUGUGGGCAGGCAAACAGGCUGCAGCGAUCUGCCAGAUGACUUCAGAUGCCAGAGCUCAGCGUGGCUGGACGGGAGACGGGACUGGCCGGGUCGCCACACUGAAUACGUAUGAACUUGUGAAAACCUGUGUGCUGUUUUGUAGCGCAAGGGAGCUUCACUCUGAACAGGAGGAGUGGGAAUAUCAACGGUUUCACUCUUUCUGUGAAGCAGUGUCGAGUUCUAUUUCUGUUGCCUUUGAAACUGACAUUCUAGCAGGCCUGUACCUUACUGCAGUUAUUUCUAUGCAAUGGAGCACUCGACUUCCAUAUCCUCCCUUUGGCUUCACCAAAACAGUGUUAGAUGGGCAUGAGACAGACUAAGUUAGUUGAACUUUGUUCCCCCUGAACUCUGGGGUAGUAACGUGGCUGCUGUUAAAAUCAAUACGUCAAGGUUGUAACGUGCAAACUUCAUUUGUAAUGCCCUGAAUUAUUGAGGCUGCUGCUGUGUACAGUUACUGUUAGGAAAAUCAGAAAACUGUACCCAAAGUGGAUGGGAGCUCAGAGCAAUUUACUUUGCCUUAAUGAUCUUGCCAUGAGUAGAAGCAGCCUGCCGUGGUUAUUUCAUCUUUCAGUUCAUGUUUACUCUUAAAGUUGAGGACAUGCCUAGUAGUCUGGAGUAUGUGCUAAGAGCCAAAUGCCCAUUAAAAAAGAAAAAGAAAGAACCCAACCACCACCCAGGCUUAGCAGAAUAAAACCCUUAUUGGGUAUCUUAACUGGGAAGCCUCUAGAAACCUGCCUCCGUUAACAUCUGCACGAUUAAAAGACGCGAUUGUCUUCCCUCAGAAGAAACACCUUCUCAGCCGUCCCACUGUCACAGAGAACUGCUUUGUUCUAAUGAAAGUUCAGAGAAAAUGCAACGGAACCCCUGGGAGAAAACCUGAGCUCGCAUUCUCGUUUCACCUCUGCAAGCCUCAGUUUGCCUCGUAGUUCUAACUGUAUUCCUCUUCCCCACUCUUCAGAUACAAAGCGGUUGGCAGCGUUUCAUGCAGGAAUAGAUGCUCACGGCAGGCCUCACACGCAAGGGAGGUCAAAUGCUUUUUAAAACAUGCUAGCUGCGUGCCUCGGCUUGGUUGCAGCUUUGCACCGAAGGACUGGAAAGAAUGGGUCUUUUCACGUGAAAAACGGCACACAAUGUAGAACCGCCCAAAGUCCCAGCCUAGAGGGGGUGGAGCGCUUCCUUGCUAAGAAUCCAACAGCGUCUGUAUUGGAGGGAGACGAGUUUCAUUGAUUGCGCUGUAGGGUACCUGCCGGGUGUGCCGUUUAACUAACGCGAACCUAACGGAGCACUACAAAACUACAGGCUAGCGACUGAUUGAGCAGCUUUCGGUUAAAAAUCAUGCCUUCCGUGUUACCCUGAAAUAAACACUACCAGAUACGAUACUUCAUUUCAAGGCCCAAAUCAUCUUAACUGACCAGAUUGCUUAUGCUGGCAGAGGAUGUUCUUGUUGCAGACAAGUAGGCUUUUCUGCAACCCGCUUAAUGGGCUAUACCUGAGAGCAGAAAUUAAGGAUGGCAGCAAUUCGGAAAGCUGCCACUAUCUGCAAUUUCCUCUCUCCCCCCCUUUGGAGUUAUCUCUGUAAACUAAACUCUAACUUAUGUAGGAAACACCUGCGUCCCAAAAUCGCAGGUUAACGUGUUUUCCAGUUACAACUUCCUGUUUGGAACAAAAGGCACUCCUUUGCCCAUUUCGAGCCAUUUCUUUCACACCUAGUAUUACAAAAUGUGCAUGUAACUUUAUAUAAAUAUCGAAAGUUUUGUAAAUAUUUAAUAUUUACCUAAUAUGAUUUUGAACUGUAAAUGUCAAGUAUUCUGGUAUUGGGAUUUUUAUGUUUUAUUAUACUUUGUUAAAGGUAAAAUUGUACAUUUUUAGAAUGUUUUUAUCUGAGUAAAUUUAAUGUACUGAAGAAAUAAAAGACCGCAGUGUCUUUUCAGCUAUC